AUGGCUUAUUCUGCAUUAGCAAAUGUGAAUGCAGUGAUUGGAUUGUAUACAUCAUUAUUUCCUACUUUAGUUUAUGUUAUAUUUGGAACAUCAAAACAUAUCAAUCUUGGUAUGUUUGCAGUUGCAGCAUUAAUGACAGGAAAUGCAUUGGAACGUAGAAUGGAAGAUAUAUUUGAUAAAAAUAAAACUGAUUUAUAUAAUUUACAAAUGAUUGAUAAUAAUAUUUUAACUGUUAAAUUGAUGGCUACUUUAACAUUUACUGUUGGUUUCGUUAUGGCAAUUUUUGCCAUACUACAAUUGCAUUUUCUUACUGUUUAUUUGGCUGAUCCAGUAGUUGGUGGUUUUACAAUUGGUGCAGCAUGUCAUGUAUUUGCAUCACAAAUGCCAAAAUUAAUUGGUAUUCAAAUACCAUCAAGAUAUGGUCCAUUUGGUCUUUUCAAAUUACCAUAUUUUUUAUUCGAUUUUGUGACAUUACUAAAGGAAGCAAAUUUAUGUGUGGUAAUCAUAUCAGUAAUUUCAAUUGCUAUAUUGAUGCUUGGAAAGUAUAUUUUAAAUCCAUUAAUACAGCAACGGAUUCGAAUACCAAUGCCAUUUGAACUUUUUGUGAUGAUACUCGGCACAUUGAUGACUUAUAUGUUGGAAUUAAAUGUAAAACAAAAAGUUGCUAUUGUUGGAUUUAUACCAUCAAAGUUACCAAUGCCAACACUACCAGAAUUCAAAUAUUUUAGUGCAUUUAUUUUGGAUGCAUUAGUAAUUGCUAUAGUAAUUUAUUCGUUUACAGCAUCUGUAGGUAAAGUAUUUGCAAAAAACAUGGAUAUCAUAUUAAUCCAAGUCAGGAACUGA